AUGUCGCUGAAAAUUAUUUUUUCAACGUUAAUAAACGUCAGUGAAAAAGAAAACAAAACAUUGACAAUUGUUAUUCAUUUAUAUAAAAAAAAAAAUGUAAUUCUGAAUACUUUAAUUAAUAAUUUCACAAUGGAAAGUAAUGCAGAACGUUUAGGCGAUAUUGUAGCCGACCAUAAAGAAUUAGAGCAAGAGGAAUUGUUUUUAACUACAUUGUUGAGUAAAAUCGAUAAACAAAUACAUGCUCUUCAGGUGGAACAAUUAAACAUAAUAAAUUCAAAAAAUCCAAAUGAAAUUAAUCCUGUAAACUGUAAUAAUAUGACUAUAACAGGGGAUGUUGUACAAGUAUCUGAAAAUGAAUCUCCAAAGGAAUCAUCAAAUGGACAUGAAUUGGAUUUAAGACCAAUUAAAAGAUAUAUUGAUUCUGAAGAGGAUGAGGAAGACGAAGAUAUCGAAAAUAAUGAACAACUCGAAUUUCCCAACAACAGUGCAGACUUUGAUUAUUUAUAGCAAAAAAGAAAAGUAAAAAUCGAAACUAACUUUAAAAAAUAUGUAAAUUUUAUAGUAUUUUAAAUUAAAACUUUGUUAAGUAAAUAA